AUGACAAAAAUGGCUGGACUAUACGAAAUAUUUGGAACAAAUUUUUAUGGGCGUAAUGCAACCAAUAAUACUAUUGAAAUAUCAAUGAUUGAUGAUUCUUCAGAGCCAUUGAUAUUUUAUUUAUCGCUGGUAAAGCAAUCGGUUGAUAUUUCUGACUAUGUAUCAACAACACCAUUUGGAUCGGACAAAUCAAUAGUCAAAAAUCGGAAGGAAGAGCCAACACGAUUGUACAUAAUAAAAUUCGAAUUGCCAGACAGCAAUAAUCAUCAAAAAAAUAUUAACGCCGUCAACAUAAUAAUUAACAGAAUCGAACGCAAGGAAUUAAAGGAAUUGAUAAGCUUCAAUUUAUCAGCACGGAAACCAGUCUUCGAGGAAUACAAGUCUACUGAAACUUAUGAAGAUUGUCGAGAGUUGUUGAACAAUUUUCCGUCAAUAAAUUUUGUUUAUGUGAACCGAUCGUUGCCAUUAGUUUACAACUAUUACGACACAACUACAUUGUUCUUUUGCUCAGAUUAUCAAAAAAGAGUGAUUUUUGAUGAAAAUAAUAAUGCCGUAAACAUACCGAUGUACUUAACCCAAAUCUGCUGUCCUGAAAAAUCUAAUGUGCUAUCAGUUUCAAAUUUUGCAUCUCGCAAUGAUGAAGUAAAUUAUUGGUCGAUUUGUAAGUACAACAGCAGCGGUCAAUUGAUUUCCUACGAAGUAUGCAAAUGUUUGAGCAAAGUACCAUCAUUACGGUGGUUUAAUUUUAACAAAAUACUAAGGCUAACUGAUGAAUUUACGCAAGUUACUACACACUUGGCGUUCUUGAAAACAGGAGAUAAUCUUAUAUUUUGGUUGUCAACUUUACAUUUGUUUAUUCCCCUAAAAGAUGAAGACAAUUAUUGGGACAAUACUCAGCUUCUUAAACUUAAAUUAUUGAAAGAUAAUUAUCCAAAUGAAGUAAAUGCUAAUGAUUUUAAUUAUUCCUAUACGGACUUUAAUACAUUAACUUAUUGUCAGAUAUCUACUAUAGAAGAGAUAUUUUUAAAAUAUAAUUUCAACAAUGUGCAGAGUAAGGAACGUACUAUUUAUGCUUUUGACGCUGACGGUAGUACGGUUAUGUUUAUUGGUUUACUUAGUCAUGAUACUUUGGGCGCUGAUCACAUGAAAAAUUUCAAGGAUAUUGUAUUUUAA